UCGAUUCCUCUAACCGGCAGACCUUGAGUUUUCAUUCCACCUGCUGUUUCCGGUUCCUCGAAUUCUUCAUGAUAUUCAAUCUCAUCAUCCCCGCCUUUUUUUAUAAGCGACUUCGGAUCCCAUAGUUGGAACAGCCUAUUGCCCAAGUGGCCUACCCUGCUGGAUAGCAAUGGCGGGGGUCAAACGUAGACACGAAACUACCCAAGCGUCAGCUACAGCGCCUUCUGGCAGCAGUCACGCUGGCGCAGGGGCUUCCCAGAGUGCUACUAACUCCAACGUGGAUGAUACUUCCAAUAUCCGUGUGACGCGGAGUUUACGCUCGAGUCGCGAUGCACGUGCCUCUCAGCAUGAUAUUAGAGUCCACAGCAGUACUGCUGCCACCGGUGUGAACAACAACAUCAACCAAAGAAAUAGCACCAGUCGUCCAUCACGCAUCAUCACACUCAGUACUCGUGCCGCCCGGGCGAACACUGCCCAGGAGAACGCAGCCCGUGAAAAUGCAGCCCGUGAGAAUGUAGCCCGCGAAAACACCACUCGUGAAACUCGUAAUACCCGGACACGGUCAAGCGCCCAGUUGUCCACAACUCAGACUGAUGCUCCACUACCAACUGUUCCAGAAACCCCUCGGCACAAGCGCGUUAAGCGAGGUCCGGCGGUUGAAGAAACCCCUCGGACUACGAGGCAAUCGGCGAGGCUCCGGGCACAUGCGCAUCCGACAUCUGUUGAAGAAGGCUCUAAUGACAUGGCCGUCAUACCGAAAAUGCCAGAGCCGAGUCCUUCCGUCAAUGCUGCCCCGAGCAGCAGAACGAGAAACAGGAGUCGGCAAUUCGUCGACAAUAUUAUUGACACUACUCACAGCGCUACUCCGGCUGCACCAGUUGUCAAGUCACCUUCUCUAGAUAGGGCAACUCCAGUACCGGUCGGGGAACCAAUGCCUUUGGAGGAAGAACAGCCCCGGAGUCCAGAACCGGAGACUUCACAACCAACGAAAGAAGAGUCACCUAAGGGCACUGUUGUUGAUGAGGAUAAGCAUGGAGUAAGCGGACCGACAGUCACCGAGUCAGUUGACCCCCUGGCCUCUGCGACUACCCCAAAUUCAGAUACAUAUCAGAAUCGAAAGUCACCUGAACCGGGAGAUAUUGGUGCGACUGAGAACGAGAGCGUCUCCAACUCCCCCAGUAAGAAGCCUAAGCUGGAAGAGGGCGAGCUGGGCCGCGCAUUAGAACAACAACUGCAGAAUGGAACCAGUGGCAAACCAGAUUCACAAUCUCCUGCGGAGGCUGUCCCCGAAUCCAGAAUUGACGGCGAAUCCCGCCAGGUGACCGAGGAGAUCGAAGGAUCAACACCUGAAGUCGCCACAGAAUCGACGGUUAGUAAAGCAGUCCGCGGUGGUCGGACUCGGGGCCGCGGCCGUGGUGGACGCAGUCGCGGCUCAGCACGCUUUACGACGAACAAAAGAGGACGUGGCGCCGCUCGCAGUGGUCGUGGUGGCCGCACAGGUCGACAGCUGGAUCGUUCGAGCGAUGUGGAACCUGACCGUUCCCCUUCCCCGAGUGCAGCUACUCAAAAGCUGCGGGACCGGCAACGGGAGUUGGACAAGGCAUUUAAGAAGGUGGCUGCUGCUCAGCGGUUGGCUCUAGCAGUACUAGCCACGCAGUCCGAGAAGCGACUGGCUCGUGAUAAGAACGCACACAAGCACGUCCCCGAGUUUGAAGAAAUCAACAUGCAAUUAAUGGAAAGGCUGCGCGGACGGAAGGAGGUCCUGCGUCGAGAAUAUGAGCUCAAGGUGGAGCAAGAAAACAGGAUAUUCGAGGCCAACAAGCAAGCAAUCGAGGAACGGUAUCGGGCCCAAGGCCGCAAUAUACGGGAAGAGCACUUAUUGGCUAGCCAGGGGGCGUACAUGACAUUUGUCGAGGGCCGCCGUGCUGCAGAAGAUGAUGAGCAUACUGAGACCGAUGACUCCGAAACCGAGCCGGACCGCGGGCGGGUGGUGCCACCUGCCAGAGAAGUUUUCAGAGGCUUCAACUCCACCUUCGUUAGGAACCCUGCUGGGGCGGCUGCCUACGACCGUGCUUGUUUUGGCUGGGAUGACUUUGUCCAGCGGGCCAAGGUGGGCGACGACAUUGACCCGCAGAUGAAGGAGAUCCGCGACGCAGGACCCUUUGCGGGAAUGACAGCCGAACAAAUUUUGGACAUGCUGGUGAAAGCGACUGGGGUGGUCGAAGUCCAUCGGAACAGUGUGCCAGCGGAGAUGAACCCUCCGGUACUGCCUGAUAUGCGUCCCCGAGCAUUGUCCACUCUGGCAGAUAUUGCAGCGGCAGAGCCCCCACGGCCUCCUCUUUCCCAAGCUGCCCCCCGGCUCUCGACACACCGGACAAUCCUACCUCAGCCUGCUCAGCCGCCAUUGCCGCAUGGACCUGCCGAUCCUCGACCAUUCGUGCUGCCUCCGCCAACCCCUCAAAGACAACAGCCCCGGCGACUACUGCCUGCCGGGCAGCAGAUCCCACCGAUCAAUGAACAGCUCGGCCUGCCGGAUCCCUUUGCAGCGAUGGGGGGACCGCCUCACCUCCCUCCCCCGCCGGGAUCCAACUUCCACCGACCUCCUCUGCCUGGUUAUUUGACAGGACAUCAUCCUCCUAGCCUCUAUUAUCCGCCGCCCCCGCCGCCUCCGCCGGGACCCCGCCCUCCUUUCUAGGAGGGGCAUGUGGAUUUUGCUUGUCUUUUCUCAUCAGGUUCUGAGCCCGGAGUUUUGCAGUAGACCAUAUCGUUGGGAUGUGUAAGGUUUUCUUUCGAUUACAGAGCGACUGGUUAUGUAUUUAGCUACGGAGGAUUCCCCUUAGGCGUUUACUGCACAGGUUCGCUUCAUAUACAUACAUGGUUGUGCUUGUCUUGUUUUAUGUUUUCCGGGCUAUAGAAGA